UUGGGAAAAUACGAAGUGAACCCGAGAAGAACGGAGCGAGCUCGUGAUCCGAAUCUCAAGAGUUGGGUUAAUCCGCUUGCUAAGCAAACAUCGUUUCAUUAUUCAUUUGCUUGCUUCUCCCACUUUCUCUCUCCUCUCACAUGCGUUCUGGUUUGUAAUGCUUUUCUUGCCCCAAAUAACUACCCCUCUUUUUCUAUAAAAUUCGUUUACCCAAAUUAGAAAAAAAACUACUUCAUUUGACAUUUCAACCAAUGCAGUUUCUCAUUGCAUUUGAUUUUCAGGUCUGAGCUAUCCGCUUCUGAUGCAAAAUUCCUUGCUUUGCUGGUUUUGCUGUUUUACUCGUUUUUUAAAGUUCAGAUGAGAACUGCCCCCAUGUGCUUCUCAGUCUUACGAGUUCCUAGGUUCAAGGUUCACUCUUUGGUUAAUACAUGGUUUCAAGGCUUUGAUGCCAUUCAUCCAACAUGUAAAUUGGGGUACAACUUUAGGCUCAUAAGUUCCAGUAUUGGUGGGCGUGAAAAAAGCAGUGGAAGUUGGAGUCGAAGACCCCUAACCACAGGAGUGGAAGGAAAAGGUAAAAAGCCCUUGAAUAGUGCGGCCAAUGUGAGGCAUGACUUACCAGAUAAAGUAAUUGCGACGACAAGCACAAACUUAAUCAUAGAAGGUAGCAAUUCUCAACAAGUUCAAUGUCCAGAUGUUAGACAACUGAUAGCUGAGAAUAAGGAUUUGGCCAGCCUUGCAACUUUUAUUGUCUUUGAUCUGGAGACGACUGGUCUUAGGAGAGAUGAGAGAAUCAUUGAGAUUGCGCUGCAGGAUAUUCACGGUGGUGACAAUAGCACCUUCCACACUCUAAUUAAUCCUGGACGUGCUGUCCCAAAUGCGUUUAUCCAUGGUAUUACAACCAGCAUGGUCAGUAGACCUGGUGUACCAAGGAUGGAAGAGCUUAUCCCACUCUUGCUUCAGUUUGUCAAAAGCCGUCAGAAACCAGGGGGAUAUGUGGUGUUUGUUGCUCAUAAUGCUCGAUCUUUUGACGUUCCCUUCCUGGUUAAUGAAUUUAGACGCUGUGGUUGGGAAAUCCCUUCAAACUGGUCUUUUCUGGAUACUCUUCCUUUGGGUCGUCAAGUAAUUAAAUCCGCAGGAGUGAAAACCGGGGGGAAAGCAUCCUUGCAAGGACUUCGUGAGUAUUAUGGAAUUGAGUUAAAAGGUUCGGCACACAGAGCCAUGGCAGACGUGCAUAUAUUGUCACUCGUACUUCAGAGAUUAACCAUUGAUCUGGAGCUCCCAAAAGCUGGUUUAGUGCAGAAAACUUUUACAGCUAAUGAAUUAACAAGUAGCAAUGCAAAGAAGAAAAAGGACUCCAGUUAGUUCUUUAGUUCUUUCUUGUCAUUCCUGUAUCAUCCAUUGUUGUUGAUUAAUUUAUGAUGUAAUUCUUCUAAUUUUAGGUGAAUCACCCAUUGUAUUCCAAUCUGUGGGGGCAGUUAUAGAAAUGAAGCAAAAUUUACUAUCA